UCUCCUAUUUUUUUAAAUACCUUUUCAUUUGUAACCUUUAUCCACGGUAUCCUCGUCAUUCGCAAAUAGGAAAGAUGAAGAAAACCAAAUAUUUCUCCUUCGGAUUAGCUUAUGUAAAUAAAACGUCAUUUUUUUGCACACAUUAUGAAGUAUACUUUAAGCCCCUGUUACACGCUGCGCGACCUGGAACCUACAAGCGUGUCCUAGCGCGUCCUUCGGUUUAUUUUCACGGCAUCGGCAGGCGCGGAGAUUGCCAAUUAACGCUCCUUGUUACAUGGCUCCCGGAUCGGCAACGGUCUGAGAGCGAUACAACGUCCUGGCGAAUUGCAUUGUCGAGCAUGGUUGAUUUGAUAACCACGGAGGAUUUCCGUUCCCUGCGCCUUGUAAUAUAUCUUUUACAAUGGAGAUCAAGUGAGAUAAAUUAAAUACUGGUAAGCAAUCUAUUAAAUAUUAAAAUUAAAUUGGUUACAUAAUCAAAAUAAAUAAUAAACAUAUAUACAAUAGAGUGUAGAGAUAUAUGUACUUGCUGCCAGUUUUAAGUGUUAGAAAAGGUCGUAUAAUGUUUGUCAGUUAAUAUUUUACAAUUAAUAGAUGGCCCUGAUU